GAAAAGUUUAGGUCGUUUGUACUGAAAAAUAGAGCGUAUGAUGAUCAUUAUAAAAAAGAAUACUCGUUUGUAAAAGCGUAAGCGUAUCAUAAUCAUUAAGGAGUGCUGUAAUUGUGACAUAUCAUACCCCAAUAAGAGUGGGUACUUAGAAGUUCAUUCAUUCACUCACUCACUUUCACCCGACCACGACAGUCAAAAAUAUGCCUUCCACAUCAUCGUCUCUUGCACGACAGCAUGCUGUCGCGUCUUCCUCUGAUGUCUUACCCUUCGACAGCUCAGCGAAGAAUAACAGCAACGCUAGGAAGAACAAGUCGACGGGACCACGAGGCCCUCAACAAGCAAAUGCUUUAGGCCCUCCACAAGCCACGACUGCUGUAUGGCAUUAUUUAUAACUAGAAUUCACCGAGUUGCUGACUGAAAUAGAGGACGUUGUAGGUUUAAAAGGCUACGGUAGUACUCUUCCUCCAGUACCUCAGCUAUAUCCUAGAAGAAUGUUUCUAAUCCAGACGAGUGCAGGAAAUAAGAAGCAGAGUGGGCGCGGAAAAGUCAUAAAGCCAUGGGAGCAGAGUAAAAGAGCAUUGUUGAGCAAAAUCAAAGGAGUCAGCAAUGCUGAAGCCUCUAGCUCUGAUGUUAUGGCUUUAUUGGGCUCUAUCACUUAGCUUCUUAAGUACACCAUGAUAGAUGAGGCUAUUAUUGAAUACAUCCUCAUCGGCUCUUCUUCUCCAUCAAAAGCAGCUCAAGCAUCCUUUUCGGUCGCGGCUUCAUCCUUUUUUUCGCAAACAGAAUGUCUCAGGUAGAAGAGGUCAUAUACCCCCUCCUGUUGAGUACAUCGUCACCAACAUCAUCAUCAAGCAGGGAGCAAGAGUUUGCUCCUGCAAUUUUGAGGAAUUAGAAUGUUGGACUUCUAGUUGUGCAUGUUGUGCAACUCCACCAAAUCCAACCUUUUGUGACUCUAGUACUCCUGUUAGAAGUCGUGCAACCUUUAACGCUACUCCUGCUGGUGCUGGUGGGUCGAGUAGUAGUAGCAGUCGCCGAGUUGUCUUAGCUAAGCAGGUUAGUGAGGACGACCGACCGCCACAGCCGGACCUAGGCAAGGUAUUAGAGAAAGCACGUACGAAUCUGAAGAGAGGCCGACCAAAAGGAGCUGCUCAAAAUUUAUUGCGUGUAUUAUGGCGUGUCUCGUCGUCCUAGAAGUGCUACGAGUUUCACGACCCUCGUCUUCCUCUUUUCACUUUCUCCAAGUACAAACACCUAGAUAGAGAAGCAGGAUGUUCUUUUUAGUCCCUAUUUAGAACAUACAGUGUACUUGAUUGAGGAACAGGAAACUGCUAAGAGUACUAUUAAGUAGGUUGUCAUUUCUUGGAAACUGACACUUUCCUAACUUUCCUAUUCAUCUUCAUGGUGGUGUUGACGUUGAGACUCCAACAUCCUCCUUCAAUGUGAUACGGCUUCUUAGGUAGUUCAGCUUCAACUAUAACACGGAGCCGGCGACCACAUGGCACCAUCCUUCUUAGCUAUUUUUGAGGUCUCAUUUCUGCACUAGUGUGAUUGGUCUAAGAUGUUAAUCUUGCUUUGGAGUUUUCUUGCUGAAUCAAGUUGAAAUGGAAGGAAAGUGGGCCCUCAGGAAAUAAAUUUGAAUUCUGGGCGAUAAAAAACCACUUUUUCGAGAAUUCCUCUCGAAAGUUCGCAAUUGAUGACAUGCAUACUCAUACUUUUUCUCGUCACUUUUUCUCAUUGUAGCAAUAUCACUAGCGACUACCUAGUCGUUGAAUCUGUUUCUUUCGUCUUGCUGACAGUACUAUAAAUAGGAGGACUACCUGAGGCGCUAUGAUGAUGAUGAUGCUUGCCCAUGCUCUAAGUUAUGCCACCAGUAGAAGUGCAGUUGCUGUAGCAUCUGCGAUGAUGAAGACUCAAAAAGUUCUUACAGGAGCCGGCUCAACGUCGAAAACUACAACCAGUGAAGCCAGUGCCAACCUCAUGGGCAAGGACAAGAAGACGUCUGCCUCCAGCGGCGGUAAAAGGACCACAAACGCGACAAGCAUUAUGGAGGUCAGUUUCUGUUCAUCUCUCUCUCCCAUAUCACAUGGUAUCCUUUUCCUCACAUAGACGAGCAAUACAUGAAGCUUAGGUUGUCACGUGGCUCGUCUAUACGGAACGAAUGAAUGAAAGUUGCAAGGAUACCAAGAUAAAAGGUUUGAGUAGAUGAAUAAAGGAAUUCAUCGCUAAAUACAGCAUCAAAUCCAAAUCCUCGAUAAUUGCGAGAGGGCCAAAAAUUGCGAGGAAGACUGCUUCUAUAGCAGUGAAGCUAGUCGUCAGGAAACCUCCUACGUCGUUCAAGAGCAAAUCGGUAUCGUUUCAGCAGAAGAAUUCUUGCAAGAAUAUUGGUUCCCAAGGACGAGCACCAGGUGGGAAUGCUGGUGUCAAGCCCACGACGACGAAGCUACCAGAGUCACUUGCAAGGUACUACAGUAGUUACAGGGUACUUUACUACUAGGACUUCUAGCUAAAGACUUCUGGAAGAUGCACUAGCCCUUACUACAACUAAGGAGACGUCGACUUGUCCUCGUCAGUAGUGGUCUCAUAUAAUGAGGAUUAUAGGAGAAUCAAGACUCGUUGUGGGUGUUCAUGGACAACAGUAAAGAUUUGUGGCUCGUGGUCUAGAAGUUUGAGUUUGUGUAAUGGGGUCAUGAGCACACGGUAUUGCAGUGUUUGCCUGAUGUGAGUCGCUUUUUAUUUUACAGAAGUUGUGGCUUUUACGAUGUGUCACUCUUACUUCUUCCUGCUUACUACUUCCUUCUUAGGACCUGUAGAUAAAGCAGCUCCGAGUCCGCUGUUGUACGAGUAGAAUUGUUUCGCCUUGUGGUCGUUGCUCAUCAUCAUCAUCAUCAUCUUCAUCAUGUGACGACUCCGAGUUCUUUAGUGUAGUGAUCAGCGUCAUAUUGUAGGAAGAUUGACGUGAUUCAUCCCAUUCGCAAUCACUAUGUUGGAGAAUGCAGCUUAGUUUUCGGUCUAGAGGCUUGAUGUUCCUUGAGCAGCACACAAGAAGAAUCUUCAGCAUACAGAAGCAGGACGUGUCUCUGACAAUAGAUGAGAAGUUACACCCGUUGAACAAGAACAAGAGCAGUUGGAGUAGUCGUUAUAAGGAAUUAUGGAGGCUGCAGACGGACGCACUCGCCUCUCUGGUUCUUGGUACCGGAGGUAGUUGUAGCAAAAGGAGCAGCAGUAGUGAUAGUAGACGUAGAGGAGGUACUAGUACAAGAAGAACAGCAGUUGAGGACUACCACAAGAGAGCGCUGUCGUGGACGAAUGUGCCUCAUCAGGUUCACAAGAGAUGGCUGUGGAAGCAGCACCAGAUCGAGAAGAUUGACGGGCGCAAUGAAAAAGAGGCCUUAUUAGGGCAAAAAGAGCGCGACGACGUCCAACUCCAAGUAUGUCGUCAUGAGAUUCAGAAGGAAAGGGAAAGAACUCAAGAAGAAGACGCACACGUACUAGAGCUGGAGAACUGCAUUCCGUCUAAAACACAGGGAAUUCUUUCAAAAACUGAAACUCUUUUUCGACAUCAACACUUUUUAUUCAGGGAAGAUUACGCCGGAAACAUUGUAGUGGUUAAGGCUUCACAAUUUCAAAAUAUGUGUGAUAUGUCUAAGUGAAUACUUCAGCUAGGGAAAACUCUCUAGAAGCAGUAUAAGAAGAUCUAUCAGGCCGCCGUUGGACAUCGAUACAGUGCUCCGCAGCUUUUCAGCACUUCUUGCAGAAGAACUGCCGUUUGUAAUAAUUUGAUCUUACCUACAACUCGUCGCGCCUGUUCCACGUUGAACUACAACUACUAGAACAUGUUCCUUCGUUGAAUUGUCAUAGAAGAAGUUACUAGCACAAGCAAGCUUUCAGUCUCUAAUAUGCGUGUCGAUGAGGCUGGACGAGGACCACUGGCUGGGCCAGUGGUCUGUGCUGCAGUCGCCAUCACUCCAGGAGAGCAGAUACCGGAUAUCAAGGGCAUCACUGACUCCAAGAAACUCACAGAGGCACAAAGGUACUAUACUAUAACGUAGACAUCAAUAUGAUUAUGAAGAAGAAUGUUACAGAUCAUUGAUGUUACAGAAGAUUCAGAUUGUUGUCGUGAUGUUCUACAGAGGCACCCUGCAUGUGCAUUACCUCAUGUUGGUGCUAGGCAAAUUGAUUCAGACUCAUUCUCUAGUAAUCGACUUGGACAAAAGUAUAAGUUAGACAAUAGCAACCAAUACAGAUUGUUGAUUUUCUUCUUCUUUUUCGUCAUCAGCAGGUAGCAUGACGAUGAAGUACCUAUGAUGCACAUUGAUUUUCUGCUGCUUUUCGUAACUAUGGAGUAUCAUGUCGUGGCAUUUCUACUACUGACUUAGACACAUCAGGAUUUGAAUUCAUUUGCUAGGUGAUAAAAAACCACUUUUUCGAGGAUUUCUACAUAUUAUUAAGUACUCAUGUUUCUACUACAGGGAAGAAGUCUACGAGGCCAUCGUGAAGCAUUUUACUUACUGGAAAGCGGUGGUUGUGCCUGCGACCAGAAUCGAUGACAUAAACAUCUUGGAUUAAGGCGUCUUCUUGUCUGUUGUGGUACUUUGUUCCUCAAGCAGUCUUACUUUGUUCCUAAAGAAAUCUUUACCCUUCUCUCUCGUGCGCAAGAAACAAGGCGACAAACGUUUCUACUUUGAUAAAGUAGACCGUCAAGAGGCGUAGUGCAUCUUCUUUUGUAGGAAUAGUUAUUUUCAAGACGAGAAUAAUGAGAUAGAUGGAGGAAGACCAAAGUUAAGUAUCAUUUUUACAGCAAAUAAAAAACAGUCUGAGCCUAGAACUCCGAACAAGACGAACAUAAAAAGGACUACCUAAGUAUAGUACAUCGUCCUGGAUGAGUAGAAGAGGCAGACCUUCGUCAAAGCAAAAAAAAAGAGCUUACUGAGUAUGCACUAAUUUGAUGUUGAUAGAUCUGAUGGUAGCGCAAGGACGACAAUGCAUCGGCGACUGUGAUGAUGAGCCGCGCUUCUAAUAAUGGGCCACGUUCGAAGGCAUGGUGUCUGCCGUGAUAGGAUUGGGAACCGACAAAAAGCUUCCUACGCCUGACCGCGUCCUAAUCGAUGGCCCUCAUAUCCCAUCAGCGUGGACGGAUAAGAGUUAAGGUAUACUCCUCUGAAUCUACAUCUAAAUCUGGGGCAGGAGCCCCUCUAAAUCUAAUCUAAAUCUCCGAAAGUCCGUUUUCUUUGAAAGAUAAGUAGGGUUCGGAUGACAAGGACUGGAAGAGAUCACAAUCUUCAUCAGACGGUUAUUUAUUUUCAUUGCAACGAGUAGAAGUAUCCUCAAAUGGGGCAAGGGGAUUAUAAAGAAGAACGAGGAUACAUAACAACCUCUAACUAUGGUAGGAUCUUGAUCUAUUUAGGGUACGCCAUGACUGGCCAGACUACUACUACUACUGUUUUCGAUAGAGGUUUUCCUGAAGAGAAGUGUGGUUCUUCGGUACUAAGUGAGUAUGCAUAUUUUCAACCACCUGGAGUUGUUGCUUGUAACUUGUUGAGUUGAUGGUUCUUCUGUAUUUUGAUCCAAAUGAAGCACAAUAAGACAAUUCUUUGAGUCGUGUUGUUCUAAAUUGUAUGAAUUUGGAAAGCAUGUACCCCUAGAAUGGGUUUACUACUACUACUACUACUACAUAUCUGUGUCCUCUAAAACGAAACUUUUGAGGAAAUUUGAAGUCAUAUCCAAGAAAUUGUGAUUAUAUCUCGUUUAAUUCGAAUUCAUUUUCUGACAAGCUCCUUUACAGAAGCUUCAAAAUCACCCAAAAUAUCAAGAUGACAAGAUCAACAUCAUGGUAACCUCCUAUACGUAUACUCAGAUUAGAGCCUUCUUGGUAUCACCUCGUAUUUCCUUGAAAUCCACUGAGAUUCAGCAUUCCUCUGCUUACGACCUUCGUUUUCACUCGUCUAAGGAACGAAGAAGAUGAAAGCGAUGAAGAAACAAGGAUCCAAGAUGCCUGAUGGAAAAGACGAACCACAAGUCAGAGGAGAAGCAGGAGGAAAAUCUUAUGAUCUGUUCUCUCAGAAUUAUCAGUAUCACAGAGAGGGCCACAAGUGUUCUCUGCUUUUCGUCUUUGCUCUCCGUUAUGUAACAAGACUUCUCGGCGCCCACCCCAGCUGGUGCGCUAGCCCUUUGGCCGAAGACUUUGGAAUUGGAGUUGUCUUCUAAGCAAAUCUCAAAGAACAAGACGGCAAGAACAACGAUCAGGAAGGAGCCAGUGUUGUGCCUUUUAAGCCUCCACCUUUCGAAGUGGUGCCCGUUAUCAAAGGAGACUCGAAUUAUGGAAGAUUUUUUUGUCGAGAACGAACAAGGAGAACUACAAACAUCCCUCCUCUUAUCCCUGUUGAUGUUCAUCUGGUCCUAUCUAUCACUAACAAGUACUGGUAAGGCCACUUUUAUAAUUGAUCGCAGCUGCCUCCUCCCCAGCUAUCCAGCAUGUUCUAGACUUCUAUUGGCGAGACAAAAGAUCAACUACAACUGCCGGAGAACUACAACUUUUGAAGAUUAUGAUUAAGAUUACUUCUAAUGGCAAGAGUAUUUGAUCGCAGCAGCUUCGAUUAUUGCAAAAGUAACCCGUGACCGUAUCUGUGAAGAGAUGGAAGCUGCAUAUCCUGGCUACGGUUUUGGCGCUCACAAGGGCUACGGAACGAAACAGCACAUGGAAGCAUUGAAAAAGUUGGGAGCUUUUAUGACUGGAAGAUGAAAAGGAUAGGCUUUUAUGAAGAGCCUCGAAGGAGAUCAGCACUAGCUUGUCUCCAAAGCACUUUCGGCUCUCGUCUCUACGGUCAUCAGGAAAGUUAGCAACAGGGGCAUACGCAUGCACCCGUACCCCAAGAUUGGGCAUACUACUACUAACGACUACACCAACCGGACGAAGAGGAUACAACUCUUCACACAUGAAGAUGAUACUCGAUGAAGAUGAUACUCGUGUUACCCACGACUACUUUUUUUUUGAUGGACCGACAGAGAGAAAUCUUAGCAGUUGAUGUGGAGGAACUAAUAGCCAAGAACAAGAUCAUGAAAGUACAUUAUCAUUAUCCAUCAUGAUCUCUCAGGAGGAAUCAUUACAGACCUCUAUUGGAGGAUAAAUUGGUGAUUAACAUCUUCCAACAGCGACCUCUUGCCAGGCACAUCAGUCAAUACUUAACUCCGUCAAAAGAUACCUCCAGAACAGGUAAAUGAAUGAAUGAAUGACUUCUAACAUCGGCCCAGAGCAUCGACGAAGUUUCGGUCCGGUGAAAAAAGUGGUGGAAUUAGAAGGAGGAGAGGGCAGUAAGACGAUCGGGAAGAGGACGAUCGAAGGAUACGAGGGAGAUGUCGAGCAGGUGGUAUUGGAAAAGCGUGGCACUUCUGCAACUACAUCUUUAAGAAGAGUUGUAUCGUUUAGCAAGCCUCUCUGUCUCUUUUUCACUGAUUUAAGAAGAGACUGUAUCAUCUUGCCGGAAUAAUGCAACAUGAUACAGUCUCUUCUUAAAUCAGUUACUACAGUUGAUACAGGCAUUGGCUCAACAUCUUUAUAAGAAGAGUAGUAGUCGAGGCGGGUAUCUAUCAUACUUUUAGAAGAUAGUCGAGGCGGGUAUUAUACUUUUAGAAGAGGAGAGCGCGUAGUGCAUCGUCAAGGUCACCGCAAUGCAUCAGAGCGCGUAGUGCAUCGUCAAGGUCACCACAAUGCAUCGGUCCUUCUUUUGAAGUAGAGCAAGAGCAUAUUUGGAAGAAGUAGCACCGCGGUCCUCAAUUAGAAGGUUGAGAGAGCUAGAGUAGGCAGCGAAUUUUGCGGUUAGAAGUAGAAGCAGCUAAGGUCUUCAAUAGGGUUUUCUAACCCUAGUAAGUAAUAUAUUAAUUAAGUAUUGGACCACGACGUUGUAAACAAAGUACUAGUUUCUCUAAGUACGAGUCGGACAGGGCAGCACAAGAGAACAGCCACAAAAGAGCCUCCCCCAAAUGAGGCAUCGCAGAAGAAGAAGGCGAAGCAGAGGGACGACAAGGGAAGGGCUUCUUCAGUAAACUCAGCAGCAACGCCUCGACGAAAGCGACCGAGAAAAGGCGCUUCUACCAGCUCUUAAGGUUUCGCUUCUAGGUUUUUGGCUGUAAGAACGCAGACGGUUGUAGACAAGAAACUGACUUGCCACGUUACUAGGAGGCGUUCAUCCGUUAUGUGGGUGUGAACGUGAAUGUAACUACUUGACUUACGCAGCUACAAUCUAAGGAUCAUCUUUCACAUUCUCUAUAUUUUUACUACAUCUAGUACAGUCUUGUGCUCGUCUUCCUUUUCCCGCAUCUACGGCUACAGUCUCUAAUGCAGUGCAGCGGACAACGAGAAUUCCUCUGACGACAUCAGAGGACCCCUGAAGAAAGAGCACAAGAAGAGAACCAUUGCGGAGAAAAAAUGAUAAAGAAGGUGUUUUUCGCAUAGUACUUCUUCUUGUACUUACUAAGGGUGGCAAUUAUUCUACUUCGCAUAGUACUUGUACUAGAGUUUUAGGCUUCCUUUCGCAGGGGCAUGUGAGUGUGAGAGGAGGAUUGUUAAGACACUACAUUGACUAUGAGGACCUACGUCGUUGCAGGGACUUUGGACAUUGGGCAUCGCAGUUGCAAACGUUAAUACAUCAUGCGGUGAUCAUUAACUGCUACUUCGACGACAGUCGUCCAUUUCAACAUGCUAUUCAUCUUGUCGUGGCACCGCCAUCAUGGUCCUAUAAUAAGGUGGAGGUGCUGGUAGUUGUGCUGAACAACAACAAUUCUUGUCUUCCUAGCAACAUGUUACGAUUUUUGUGUUGAUGCACGUGCGUUACAGGGACUUGUUAUUCCCUGUGUAGUUGAGGUGUGCUGGAGGGGACGAUUAGACAACUUCUACUUUGUGUUGCUUGUUGAAGAUCCUUAGGGACAU